CUUGUAGAAGUUAAUUCUCAUUUCACUCCAAGUCCCUCAAAAAUGAUAUGCAAUACAAGGCUGAGUCUAAGCUUAGCAUCAUCUACUGCUCCUCAUGAUGCACCUUCUCAUCAAAAUUACAACAAUAGAGAAUCAACCCAUGAUGAUCAUCAUCAAGAAUUAGAUACUAUUAAUCCCAUCCCUUCUUUAAAUCUUUGCUUAUCAACUUCAGCAGAGUUCACAAAUUGUAACAUGAACCCUCAAGUUAAUUCGUCGGUUUCUUCGUUUUCUAACACAAGUGUCAAAAGAGAAAGAGAUCCUAGCCUUGAAGAAGAAGUACAAUUGGAGACCAAUAAAGUUAAAAUAAUUUCUCCAAAGGCAUUAGUUGAUGAUCAAGAUCAUGAUGAAGAUGUUCAUGAGUAUGGUACGAGGAAGAAACUUAGACUCAGUAAGGAACAAUCUGAUGUUUUAGAAGAUAGCUUCAAAGAGCACACUACUCUUAAUUCUAAGCAAAAGCGAGAUCUAGCGAGACGAUUAAGCUUACGUCCUCGACAAGUGGAAGUAUGGUUUCAGAAUCGAAGAGCCAGGACCAAGCUGAAACAAACAGAAGUAGACUGUGAAAUACUUCGAAAAUGUUACGAAGACUUAAAAGACGAGAACAGAAGGCUAAAUAAAGAACUAGAAGAGCUGAAAUCUAUGAAAAUGUCAGCACCCUUUCGUGUACAGUUAUCGGCAGCAACCCUUAGUAUGUGCCCUUCGUGUGAGAGAACUUAUGGUGGUGCUGGCGAUAAUUCCACCAAAAUCUCUUUCUCAAUGGGAGAUCAAAAGCCUCAGUUUUAUGGCUCCUUCACAAAUCCGUCAGCUGCUUUGCUAAGCUAGCUAAAAGGGUCUUACUUAACAUGAAGUGUACUUAGCUAAUAUGUUUGUGGAUUAAUUAAUUAGUCAAGUAUAAUAUCGUUAGAUCCAAUAUGUGUAAAGUGAUCGAGCAACAUGUAUGUCUGUAGUUACGUAUGUUUCUUCUAUCCAGUAUUUUGAGUUUUAAGGCCCUUUUAGAGACUUUGUACAAUGUACAUAUGUAUAUUCUUUAAAUGUAGUAUAUGUGGAAAAUAAAAGUUCCUUUUCUAUAA